GAUUCUCGUGAUGUGUCUAUAAACGAGCAUUUAUGGCCAUCGGUCGUAAUAGAUGCACCAGAAUCCUCAAAUAAUUACCGCUGGUGUAGAAACUGAACCGCUAGAGGUCCCGCCCACUCGCUUGCUCGUGCAACCGGAGACUUCACGGAGGGUUCCGCAUCUGUCAGACUCUAUUGCUCAACGUUUGCCAGACUUGGAUAAGAGUGGACAGAGGGACUUGGGGCCGGAGAAGGGAUUCGCGAGCUGAUUUUUGUGGAGACACUCGCCAGUGGAUUGUGAUCAUUCUGUAAGGUUGAAUUAAGGCUGGACAGUGGUGAUGUCACUGCAAAUGAGUGAAGCAGAGGGUGCUGUGAAGGUGGAGGAGUGGCAGCAGACGUUUUACGCCCCAGACUCGGGCAUUCAGUCAGGAGCCACCACCAUUCGAGAUGAGGACAGCGUCAGUGCCAGGGCUGGCGAGAGCGCCACAGAUAUGGAGGCUCAGUACAGUCUAACUCGAGCUCAGCGAGUACGUGCAGCCAUGUUCCCCGAGACGCUGGUGGAGGGAGAGACGGCACUCACCGCACACAGCAAUCCAGACCAGCCCACCAAUGUGCAGAGACUGGCUGAGCCCUCGCAGCUCCUCAAAACAGCCAUCGUCCAUCUCAUCAACUAUCAGGAUGAUGCUGAGCUGGCCACUCGCGCCGUUCCAGAGCUCACCAAACUGCUGGCCGACGAGGACCAGGUGGUGGUAAACAAGGCAGCACUGAUUGUGAACCAGCUUACGCGGAAGGAGGCGUCUCGCCGUGUGCUCAUGCAGUCUCCUCAGAUGGUGUCGGCUGUGGUGAGGGCCAUGCAGAACACCGGAGACCUGGAGACGGCGCGCUGCGCUGCCAGCGUCCUGCACAGCCUCUCCCACCAGCGUGAGGGCCUGCUAGCCAUCUUCAAAUCGGGCGGCAUCCCUGCACUAGUGCGCAUGCUCAGUUCCCCUAUGGAGUCAGUGUUGUUCUACGCCAUUACCACGUUACACAACCUGUUACUGCACCAGGAGGGAGCCAAGAUGGCGGUGCGUCUGGCCGAUGGACUACAAAGGAUGGUCCCUCUUCUGAAAAAGACCAACCCCAAGUUCCUGGCCAUCACCACAGACUGCCUGCAGCUGCUGUCUUACGGCAAUCAGGAGAGCAAGUUGAUCAUCCUGGCAAAUGGUGGGCCAGAAAGUUUGGUGUUCAUUAUGAGAAACCACAACUAUGAGAAGCUCCUGUGGACCACCAGCAGAGUCCUGAAGGUGCUUUCUGUCUGUCCAAGCAACAAGCCGGCUAUUGUUGAUGCUGGAGGUAUGCAGGCUCUCGGCCAACAUCUCACAGGUUCGAGUCAGCGUCUGACACAGAACUGCCUGUGGACCCUGAGGAACCUCUCUGACGCUGCAACCAAGCAGGAAGGUCUGGACGGUCUCCUGCAGAUCUUAGUGAGUCAGCUGGGCUCAGAUGACGUGAACAUGCUGACCUGCGCUACUGGCAUCCUGUCAAACCUCACCUGCAACAACGCACGCAACAAGGCCCUGGUCACCCAGAGCGGCGGGGUGGAGGCGCUCAUUCACGCCGUGCUCCGGGCCGGAGAGAAGGAAGACGUGGCCGAGCCGGCCGUCUGCGCACUGCGUCACCUCACGAGCCGCCACCCUGACGCAGAGCUGGCCCAGAAUGCAGUGCGUCUGCACUACGGCAUCCCUGCCAUCACCAAGCUCUUGGGCCAGCCGCACUAUUGGCCUGUGGUAAAGGCCACAGUGGGUUUGAUUCGUAACUUGGCCUUGUGUCCAGCCAAUCAGGCGCCUCUGAGAGAAUCAGGGACAAUCCCUCGACUGGUCAACCUGCUAUUGAAAGCUCAUCAGGAAACUCAAAGACAUGGCUCAGGGGCCCAGCAGACCUAUCAGGAUGGCGUGCGAAUGGAGGAGAUCGUGGAAGGCUGUACAGGCGCUUUGCAUAUACUGGCCAGAGAUCCCAUCAAUCGAGGGGAGAUCGCCAGCAUGCAGACCAUUCCUCUGUUUGUGCAACUUCUGUACUCCUACGUGGAGAACAUAAAGCGUGUGUCUGCUGGUGUUUUGUGUGAACUGGCUCUGGAUAAGCAGUGUGCCGAGAUGAUUGACGCAGAAGGAGCAUCUGCACCUCUAAUGGAGCUUCUGCACUCUCCCAAUGAGGGGAUUGCCACCUAUGCUGCGGCCGUUCUCUUCCGCAUCUCUGAGGACAAGAGUUCAGACUACAGGAAGCGUGUGUCAGUGGAGCUCACUCAUUCCCUCUUCAAACAUGACCCUGCGGCCUGGGAAAUGGCACACGCCGCCAUGCCACUCGACCCUGGAUAUAUACCAGAUGUUUACCCUCCAUAUGGUUACUCUGAUUUACCCAUGGAUGGCCUCCCGCUGGACGCUGAGCUACAUGAGCAAUACAUGCCAGAAAUGACCUAUGACCCUCGACAGGUGUACCCAAAUCCUCUUUAACAACACUGCCAGCAG